AUGUGGCUGAGUCAGCAGCAAGCAGCAAGCAGCAGCAUCAUUCUCAUACUCAUCUUCGUGCAACGCAUCCUGCUUAUGUUCGCAGGAUGCAAUGCCUUGAAGUGGCACUUGAGAAAAUGCUUCUUUCGGGAUCUUGAAGGGGUUUGUUUGUGGCUGGCUGCAGCAAAACUACUCGUAAAAGAGUCUGAUUACAAAGCCCAUGGACUGGAGAAGGACAAUGCAGACAACAAUCAAUUGCAGCAGAUGGAUCUGCUGCAGCUGGAGCAGGAGCAGCAGCAGGAGCAAGAGCUGAUGCAGGGGCAGCUGUCAAGACCCGCAGUGCAAGUAAAAGUGACAAAUGAAGUGGAAAGUGCCAUGAGAAUGAUGAUGAUGAUGACUACAUUGGGGCUGAUGGGCAGGCAGCCGGUGCAGCAGCAGCCGGAGCAGCAGCAUCAGACAAACUACUUUGACACACAAAUGGCAAACGGACUGCCAUUGCUGCUGUCAUUGUCUAACCUAAUGAGACCCCGUCCCAGUUCUAGUUUCAGUUUUAGCUCUGACAGCAGCACGAGCUUGCUGCCAAUAUUGGAUGGUCAUAACUCGGCCAUCAGUCCGGGCACAGAUGAACAAUUACUUCGAUUGCAAUCGGACUACAAGCUGCUGUACAAUGCCGAACGACACACGUACUUCCAGCUGCAUACCAUAACCGGCAAUCAAAUGGAUGCAACGGCAAUGCCCAAUCGAAGGCUCUUUCAGCAGGCAGUGGGCAGCACUUUGAGUGCCGCCUUCGGCCUGAAUGUGUUGCCAGUGGAUGGACAUGGACGGGCCGUGACCACGGAGACGGUGCAUCUCUAUGAUGCCGCCUCCCUGCGCCAGUCGCGCUUCAAUCCCUUCAAUCCGACACGCAUCCUCAUCCAUGGCUGGCUGGGGAAUGCAAAUGCCAAUAUCUACAGCGCCCUGCUGCCGGCAUACCUGUCGCUGGGCCAGGGCCGCUACAACAUCUUCACCGUGGACUGGGGCCGCGGCGCCAUAGCGGACUAUAUUACGGCCAGCUAUCGGGUGAAGCCCGUGGGUCAGGUGCUGGCCAAAUUCGUGGACUUUCUGCAUCGGGAGGCCGGUCUGAGGUUUGAGGAUCUGCAGCUGGUGGGCUUCAGCAUGGGCGCCCAUGUGGCCGGACUGGCCGGCAAGCACCUGCAGACGGGUCGCCUGCGGAUGAUCCGUGCCUUGGAUCCGGCCCUGCCCUUCUUUCGCUAUGCCCAGGACAAGGAGCGUCUGGCGAAAGCGGAUGCCGAUUAUGUGGAGGUGCUGCACACCAGUGUCGGCAGCUACGGCUUCGAUCGCCCGCUGGGCCAUGCCGAUUUCUACGCCAAUUGGGGCAGUCAGCAGCCGGGCUGCUUCUGGCGCGAGUGCAGCCACUGGCGGGCAUUCAUCCUCUUUGCCGAGAGUCUGCGGCCCGGCGAGGCAUUUCCCGCACGCGGCUGUGCGGUCAGCGAAUGGCAGCAGUUGACCCGCUUCCAUCGCUGCCCCAGGCAGACGACCGACAAAUGCCACAGCAUGGGCGGCGAUUUGGCCAAUGCCUCAAUGGAGCUGCUGCUGGCCCGACGACAGGGUGUCUAUUAUUUCGAGACAAAUGACAGGCCACCCUAUGGAAGGAAUGUCAGCCGCCAGAAGCGGCAGAAGGCACAAAUAAAUAGAAGAACAGUCGAGUAG